CAAAGGCCGACAUGAUGGGUGUCCGGACGUUGUUGAAUACCCUCAGAACGCUCGCGAGCGUUCCUAAUGCUCAUGCGACUGCGGAUCGUUUCGGUAGAGUAAGGUUUGUGCCCUGCGCUGACCUAGUUGAAAGAGGUGUUCACGGCCAUACACCCUUUUGGAGGGCGUUGCUCGGCUCCCUGGGAUUACACACCGACAUUGGGAGAGUGAGGUGUGGAAACGGGCUCCAAUCCCCUCGGAGAGUUGACGUGGCAGUGAGGAACGAAUCCUGUCGGACUGAUGUUCAGCACCGAGUGAUAACAAGAACAACGAAAGUGCCUGCCAGAAAUAUGGAAUCGCUUUCGGAAGGUACCUAGUAAUUACAUGUAAUAAUCAGAGGAACCUUGGAAUCCC